AUGUCUACACCACGGCAGUUCAAGAUCAAACACACCUCCUUCUCUCGUCACUACACCGUCCUCUCCCCCGACGAGCAGCCGCUCUACCACGCCGACCAGUCGGCCUUCACCCACGACAAGGCCAACCUCACCCUGCACGCCGGCAGCGACACCAGCGGCCCCAUCGUCGCCGUCGCCCACCUCCCACGACUCUCCUUUGACGCCAAGAUCGGCCUCGGCGACCCCUCCUCUUCCUCCGGGGACAUGGCGUGGGAGGAUCUGCACCGCUCCUCCCGGGACGCCUCGGCGCACGAAUGGUCCAUGACGCUGCCCGACGGAGGGAGGAGGAGGACGUUUGCAUGGCGUCGCACGCACAGGGUCAGCGCGGACGGGAUGGAGUCGUCGGCGCUGACCAUGCGCGACCUCAAGCUCGUGGAGGUCACCGAAGGGGAGGGGGAGGAGGAAGUUGUGGCGGUGUUUACGGGCCAGCGCGGGUGGUCAUCGUGCGGAGUGCUGCAAAUUAAUGAUGAGAGGUACGGGCCGGCGUUUGAUAUCAUGGUGACGGCGACGAUGCUGGCGAUUUACGAGAAGGCGAGGAGGAGGAGGGCUAGGGAAGGACAGAGGGGGACUGACUUGAUACCGAGAUGA